CACUUUCCCGUGGCCCCACCUUCUGAACCAUACCACCUCGUGCUCUCCAUCAGAGCAUCGCCGUCUCAGAUCCUCCCCACCCUUCGUCGCACAUUCGUGCACCUCGAGCGGGGUAUUACUCCGGCUCAGCGGGCUCCCCUCGUACCAAUAGCAGCAAACCUGGCGGUUUGCGAGUGCAAUUUGUGCAACAGCGCCUUGACAAAUCUGCGCACAGGCAGUCUUCCGACACCUCGGUCUACUGACACCUUCUUCAAAGCCUCAAGCUGUCUAGGCGCCUCUCAUAGGAGAACAUCCAUCUGUGACCAUGGCAUACAAUUCUGAAACAUCGUCCGACGGGGUCGAUGGCCUCUCACAGAAGACUCAACAGGUGCAACUGGGAGCUGCAGCGGGCGGCAGCGAGUCUGUCGCCCAGCCACUGGGCCUCGGACAGGAUUCGUCCGCACCAGCCUUCUCCCAACCGCGCACGGAUACCAGUCUUCCUGGCGGAGGGGCCGUUCUGGCUGACGCUGCUUCUCUAGGAGGCACUAGUGGAGCUGCUCGUGCAGCGCGGCAAAAGUACGUGGGUGAGGACCCCUCUCAUGGGCGUGAUGGAGAAACCAUCGUCGACUUUGCCGGAGCUGGCAAGCAGACUGCUGGUCUCCCCGAGAUCGAAGAACACGCUUCUCCUUCUGCUCCUGCCACGCCUCGCUCAGUGCCAUUGUCGCCAACUCAGUCUAAGUUGAGUAAGACAAAGAGCAACGUUGGUCUCACAUCUCAGAGGAGCCGUCCAGGCGCGACGGGACUAGAAGGUGCCCGGCAGAUCAGCGCAGCUCAGGACAUGCCUGGAAGCAGCACACCUUCGCAAUUCGUCUUUGCCAAGCUGGGAGCCCAUCGUAGAGCUAGUGAUGGGCACCCUGCAUCAGCGAUUUCAGCUUUGACCUCCGCUGAUGCAAGUGGUCCGACUACACCGUCUGAUACUCCUGUGCAUCAUGAGAAGCCAACGCCUUCAGCAUCAAAGAAGAGGGACAAGCACUCGGGACAUCAUAAUCCACUGGUGGAUCUCAAGAAGUUUUUGCACAAUCACAUUGGUCACCACUCUUCCGAUGGAGAGCGAUCUGGAAGCUCCACUCCUGGCAGGAGACACGGGCACGACUCGCCUCCACUCGGAGAUGAUCACGCUCAUUUGGCCAAGAAGUACGGCAAGUGGGGUAAAGUGCUGGGAUCUGGCGCAGGUGGUACAGUUCGUCUGAUCAAGCGAUCUAAAGACCACACGACCUUUGCCGUCAAGGAGUUCCGUCAAAGGAGGCCCGGGGAGAAUGAGAAGGAGUACAUCAAGAAGGUCACUGCUGAAUUCUGCAUUGGAAGCACCCUUCACCACGUCAACAUCAUUGAGACGCUGGACAUCAUUUCGGACAACGGUCACUACUACGAGGUGAUGGAGUAUGCCCCAAAUGAUCUCUUCAGCAUCGUCAUGAGCGGUAAGAUGUGUCGUCCAGAGAUCUACUGUGUCUUCAGGCAGAUUGUGGAUGGAGUCGACUACCUCCACAGCAUGGGUCUUGCCCACCGAGAUCUCAAGCUCGACAAUUGUGUCAUGACCACGAAGAACGUCGUCAAGAUCAUCGACUUUGGUACCGCCACGGUCUUCCACUCACCUGGCAAGAGCAAGGUCGUUGCCACCGGAGUCGUUGGCUCGGACCCUUACUUGGCUCCUGAAGUUCUCUCGCAGCAGACAUACGAUCCUCGUCUGACCGACGUGUGGAGCUGUGCCAUCAUCUUCCUCUGUAUGGUGCUGCGCCGGUUCCCCUGGAAGUUGCCGGACCCCAAGACGGAUCCCUCCUUCAAGCUGUACAUCACUUCGCAUCCAGAGCUCUGUGAAGCGCCGGAGAACUUUGACGAUCACGCCUACGUGACUGAUGGCCACUAUCGGGACACGCCGUACUCGCACCAUGCACGCCAUCACCGCGAAGAGCAUUCGAAGAGCCCAGACGCCUCUGGUAUGCUUACUCCUCGCAUCCUCAGUGCCAAAGAGGCCGGAUACACGACGCCCCAGCGGCGCGCAUCCGGUGCGGGAACACCCAGCGGAACCGAGCUCGAAGAGGGCGAGUCGGGACAUGGCAGCCUGGACAGGAGCGGCUUGGGGGGUACUGCUGGCGAAGGUGACAGUCGAGAUGCGGGCUACUUUGAGAAGAAUCGAGGUAGUCGCGAUUCGCCAGAGAUGCUCACACCUGACGGCGGCUCUUCUUCCGGACCUAUCUCGCCUGCUCCUAGCAACACGGACGACGAGACUCUAGCAGAAGGCAAGCCCCGCACCAGGUCUGGCAGCGUGUCUUCCGUGGCUACGUACACGUCUGGUGCAGCCGACAGUAUCUUUAGGCUUUUGCCGCGCGAGACUCGCUCUGCUCUGAGCAGGAUGAUGGCCGUGGAGCCAACGUUGCGAUGUACCUUGGGAGACUUGCUGCGAGGUAGACGCUUCAGCGACGGUACCUCUCCCCUCACUCAGACCCCUGUCAUGUCGCGCACAAGCUCCUUCGACGCUCUGCACAAUCUCCACAAGACUGGUGGUACCGGCGGCAGUGGUGCCAUGAGUCCUGGUCUUGCCAGUCUCAAUCGUCAACUCCCCGCUGAGUUCGAAGACGACGAUGAUGAAGGGGACGAGUGGCUGCGUGGGAUUAGCACGUGUGCUAGACUGGUGCCUGACAAGGAUGGACAUACUCCGGCUGCGGAACAUCCCCAUGUCAAGAUUCACCCCGAGGAGGCAAAGAAGAAGCACAGCCUCUUCCACAGAAAGGAUUGAGGGAAGGGGUGGAGGGUGAAGGAGGAGUGUUAUGGAAAUACGACAGCUAGUCAGGAAGAUGAUCACAGUACAGGAGUCGACGACUUGGAGGAAGGUAUGAAGAUGGAAGAGUACCUGAAGGAUCACGGUAUACAGGGGUUCACUGCUUACACUCUGUUGUGAGUGGUAAAUGGUGAAAUUCGUUGGUUGCUCAUUUGAUAGGUUUCUUAGGCCCCGCUCGCUCGCUCGCUCCUUCUGUCAUCUCGCUUUGAUACGAUUACAAUGAAAAGUCUGGCCUAUAUGGACU